AUGUUUGUGUAUAAGAGAGACGGUCGCCAAGAACCGGUCAAAUUUGACAAGAUCACAGCGCGUAUUUCGCGGUUAUGCUAUGGUCUGGACCCAAAGCAUAUCGAUGCAGUAAAGAUCACACAAAGAAUCAUCUCUGGUGUGUACGAAGGUGUGACGACGGUGGAGUUGGAUAACUUGGCUGCUGAGACAUGUGCUUACAUGACGACAAUUCACCCUGACUAUGCGACGUUAGCCGCUAGACUUGCGAUUUCCAACCUGCAUAAGCAAACUACCAAGCAGUUUUCGCAGGUGGUGAGCGAUUUGUACCACUAUGUGAACCCUAAAAAUGGAAUUCACUCGCCCAUGAUUUCCAAGGAAGUUUACGGAAUUGUCAUGGAGCACAAAGAUGAGCUCAACUCUGCUAUUGUCUACGACAGAGACUUCCAAUACAACUAUUUUGGUUUCAAGACCCUAGAACGUUCGUACUUACUCCGUAUCGAUGGUAAAGUCGCAGAACGUCCUCAGCAUUUGAUCAUGCGUGUUGCCGUCGGUAUCCACGGCCGCGACAUCGAAAGAGUGCUCGAAACCUACAAUCUCAUGUCUCUAAGAUAUUUCACUCACGCAUCGCCCACGUUAUUCAACGCCGGUACUCCUCAUCCUCAGAUGUCUUCCUGUUUCCUGGUAGCCAUGAAAGAGGACUCCAUCGAAGGUAUCUACGAUACUUUGAAAGAAUGUGCCAUGAUCUCCAAGACUGCGGGCGGUAUCGGAUUGCACAUCCACAACAUUCGUUCUACAGGCUCCUACAUUGCAGGUACCAACGGUACUUCGAAUGGUAUUAUCCCCAUGGUUCGUGUAUACAACAACACUGCUCGUUACGUUGAUCAAGGUGGCAACAAGAGACCAGGUGCUUUUGCAAUUUACUUAGAACCAUGGCACUCUGAUAUCUUCGACUUUGUCGACAUCCGGAAAAACCACGGUAAGGAAGAAAUCCGUGCCAGAGAUUUGUUCCCUGCUCUAUGGGUUCCAGAUUUGUUCAUGAAGAGAGUUCAAGAGAACGGUGAAUGGACCUUGUUUUCCCCUAGUGAAGCUCCCGGUCUUGCCGAUGUCUAUGGUGAUGAAUUCGAAGCUUUAUAUGAACGUUACGUGCAAGAGGGCCGUGGUAGAAAGACUAUCAAAGCUCAGAAGCUAUGGUAUGCCAUUCUAGAAGCUCAGACGGAAACCGGUACUCCAUUCAUGAUUUACAAAGAUUCUUGUAACAGAAAGUCUAACCAAAAGAACCUUGGUACCAUCAAGUCUUCUAACUUGUGUUGUGAAAUCGUCGAGUACUCUUCCCCAGAGGAAACUGCCGUGUGUAACUUGGCUUCUGUUGCAUUGCCAGCAUUCAUUGAAACUUCUGAAGACGGAAAGACUCAAUGGUACAACUUUGAGAAGCUACAUGAAAUUUCCAAGGUUGUCACCCGUAAUUUGAACAGAGUCAUCGACCGUAACUAUUAUCCCGUUGAAACUGCCAGAAGAUCCAACAUGAGACACAGACCUAUUGCUUUGGGUGUUCAAGGGUUGGCCGAUACUUUCAUGAUGUUGCGUAUUCCUUUCGACUCUCAGGAGGCCAAAGAAUUGAAUAUUCACGUCUUUGAGACUAUGUAUCACGCUGCCCUAGAGGCAUCACACGAGUUGGCCCUGGAAGAGGGCCCAUACGAGACAUUCAAGGGAUCCCCUGCUGCCGAGGGUAUUCUUCAAUUUGACAUGUGGGGCAGGACACCUACUGAUCUAUGGGAUUGGGAAACUUUGAGAGCAGACAUUAUCAAAGACGGUAUUAGAAACUCUCUGUUGCUAGCCCCAAUGCCAACUGCCUCUACUUCCCAGAUCUUGGGUUACAACGAAUGUUUCGAACCAUAUACCUCAAACAUGUACUCACGUCGUGUUCUAUCAGGUGAAUUCCAAAUUGUCAAUCCGUACUUGUUGCGUGAUUUGGUGGAUUUGGGUCUAUGGGAUGAAGCUAUGAAGUCUCACAUUAUUUCUGACAACGGUUCCAUUCAAAACCUACCCAACAUUCCUCAAGAAUUGAAGGACCUUUACAAGACAGUCUGGGAAUUGUCUCAAAAGACAAUUAUUGACAUGGCUGCUGAUCGUUCUUGCUACAUUGAUCAAUCACAAUCUUUGAACGUGCAUAUUCGUGCUCCAACAAUGGGUAAAUUGACCAGUAUGCACUUUUACGGAUGGAAGAAGGGUUUGAAGACCGGUAUGUACUACUUGAGGACCCAAGCUGCCUCUGCUGCUAUCCAAUUUACCAUUGAUAAGUCAGUUGCCGAGCAAGCUGGGAACACUGUUGCUGAUCUAUCGAACUUGAGCCGUCCAAAGUACACUCCACGUAAGGUCAACUUCACAGAAGGCGCUGCCAAGAAACUAGAUCUAACAACAGACAUUAGAGAGGUAUCGCCUGCUCCAUCUUCUGCAGAAUCUUCAAUGAGCAAUAGCAUAGCAUCUUUGAGAAUCGACGACAGCAAGCCAGUCGUGCCUGCCACUAUUGCUCCUACCGAAACUCAAACGGAAGAAAAGCCUGCACUAACUGAUGAGCAGGAAUAUGACAUCUACAACUCCAAGGUUGUCGCGUGUGCGAUCAACAACCCUGAAGCUUGUGAAAUGUGCUCAGGUUAA